AUGCGACAACGUGAAUUACGGUCGAAAUUGCACAAAACUCGUUAUGCACAAUCAUUAAGGCAAACAAAUGGGUCUCCGACAAUGUAUGACUCUCCAUCAUCGAGACGAACACCUAUUCCAUCGCCACAUAUCCCAAUGCCACCUGCACCAUUGAAAAACAAUGGCAUCAAUCAGUAUGACGACGAAAAUGAAUCAUUAUUCAGUGAACUCCGACUGAGUUCUAUACCUGGCAGUAAUUUCAGUCAAAAUGACGCACGGUUACCACCACAAGUACCAGCACCUCCUGUAAAUAAAUUCGCCGAACCGAAAUUCAAUGGAACAAAAAAUACAACCACACAUGUCCCCACAACUCUUUCGAUUGAGGAACGUCGAGUACAGGAAUCCAUCGAUCGACUUGAUCGACAACUAAAAGAAGCACAAGCUAAGAUUCGCCCAAAUUCCGGUACCCGACUACCUAAAACGCAAAAACGAUAA